GCCUUUCGGCGGCUGAGCCGCUGCGCGGAGGCGGGACCUGUGGCGAGCAAGCGGCGGGAGGCUGGGCUAGAGCUGCGAGAGCCUGAAGCUGCGCCGGAGCUCGAGCCCGCCGCAGAUCCAGGCCUUUGGACCCAAAGCUGCUUCUGUCCCAGCAUGGGACAGAGCUCUGAGCAGAAUGGAAACUGAGUGCACCCCUGACAGGUCUGCUGGCUCAACUACCCUCCAAGAGUCGUAAACAUGCUGCGCUUCCUGGUGCCCCGGUUGCUUUGCCUCCAUGGCAGGACCGCCCCGUACUCUUCUGCAGCGGCCCUUCCGAACCCCAUCCCGAACCCAGACAUCCGCUACAACCAGCUGUUCAUCAACAAUGAGUGGCAAGAUGCAGCCAGCAAGAAGACCUUCCCGACAGUCAACCCCGCCACGGGAGAGGUCAUUGGCCACGUGGCUGAGGGGGACCGGGCUGACAUGGAUCUGGCAGUGAAAGCAGCCCACGAGGCCUUCCGCCUGGGGUCUCCAUGGCGCCGGAUGGAUGCCUCAGAGCGCGGCUGCCUGCUGAACUGCCUGGCCAACCUGGUGGAGCGGGAUCGUGUCUACCUGGCCUCCCUGGAGACUUUGGACAAUGGGAAGCCUUUCCAGGAGUCUUACGCCUUGGACCUGGAUGAGGUCAUCAAAGUAUACCGGUACUUUGCUGGCUGGGCUGACAAGUGGCACGGCAAGACCAUCCUGGAUGGCGAGCAUUUCUGCUUCACCCGCCAUGAGCCUGUUGGCAUCUGCGGCCAGAUAAUCCAAUGGAACUUCCUCUUGGUCAUGCAGGGCUGGAAGCUCGCCCCAGCGCUGGCCACCGGCAACACUGUGGUCAUGAAGGUGGCAGAGCAGACCCCCCUGUCUGUCCUGUACUUGGCCUCCCUCAUCAAAGAGGCGGGCUUUCCCCCGGGGGUGGUGAACAUCAUCACUGGCUAUGGCUCCACAGCGGGCGCAGCCAUCGCCCAGCACAUGGAUGUCGACAAAGUUGCCUUCACCGGCUCUACUGAGGUGGGCCACCUGAUCCAGAAGGCGGCCGGCGAUUCCAACCUGAAGAGAGUCACCUUGGAGCUGGGUGGGAAGAGCCCCAGCAUCGUGCUGGCCAACGCGGACAUGGACCACGCCGUGGAGCAGUGCCACGAAGCGCUGUUCUUUAACAUGGGCCAGUGCUGCUGUGUGGGCUCCCGGACCUUUGUCGAAGGAUCCAUCUAUGACGAGUUUCCUGAGAGAACCGUGGAGAAGGCUAAGCAGAGAAGGGUCGGGAACCCCUUUGAGCUGGACACCCAGCAGGGGCCCCAGGUGGACAAAGAGCAGUUUGAAUGAAUCCUGAGCUACAUCCGGCUUGGCCAGAAGGAGGGGGCAAAACUUCUCUGCAGCGGGGAGCGUUUUGGGGAGCGCGGUUUCUUCAUCAAGCCCACGGUCUUUGGUGGCAUGCAGGAUGACAUGAGGAUCACCGGAGAGAUCUUCGGGCCUGUGCAGCCCUUAUUUAAAUUCAAGAAGAUGGAGGAGGUGAUCGAGAGGGCCAACAACACCAGGUAUGUCUUGGCUGCUGCCGUGUUCACCCGGGACCUGGACAAGGCCAUGUACUUCACGCAGGUGCUCCAGGCCGGCACAGUGUGGGUAAACACCUACAACGUUGUCACCUGCCACACGCCUUUUGGAGGGUUUAAGGAAUCUGGCAAUGGGAGGGAGCUGGGGGAGGAUGGGCUUAAGGCCUACACGGAGGUGAAGACCGUUACCAUCAAGAUUCCUCAGAAGAACUCGGAAGAAUGGCUGCCACAGGGACCCACCUCCAGUCCAGAGUUUCCAUAAUCACCUAGACCAUGGUUGCCAAAUAGUUUUUUAGCCUCGGACCCUACUUUAUUUGUUCCAAAUGAACUCUUAGAGGGAAGCUCAGCAAAUAAAGCAAUUAAAAUGAGAACUGCUCUUGUUAAAGCAGGACUGGGGACUGGACUCAAAAGUCCUAUCCACCUGUGCCUCGGCCCCAGCCCCCUUGGUGGCCCUGAGUUACUUCCAUGAAAUCUUGGGAGUCUCUGGAAAAUAGAUUAAAAACCACUGAUCUGGACAGUGGCUUUUAGUUCUUUCUUCUGAUCUGAGGACUUCCCCAUGUAUUAAUCUAAUGGCUUAGUAGAUGGACUCAGUUCAGACAUAGGAUCGGGAGGCAUCAGGAGUUUCAAACUAGGUGGAUGCCAGAUCUUGGCCCCAUUCUUCAAUGACUUAACCCAAAAAUCAAGGAUGCUUCUCCUUUUUUAAGUACCAGUUGCCAGCUGUUUUGCUUGCUUACCCUGCAUUUUGCUGCUGAUUAUCAUUACUUUGAGGGAAAAAGUGGGCAAAGAAUGCAUUUAUCUUUUUUUUUUUUAAUUUUUAAUUUAUUUAUU